AUAAGUAGCAAAUCCGACGGAACCGUACCAAAUACUUGACGCGUAUUCCACAGGCAUCUGCUUCAUUGAUUGGCGAUCCUGAUGCGAUCUUGAUGCGAUCUUCACAGGUUCACGUACGCUCCCUAUAGUACCUAUCAUCCAGUAGGUAGGUAGGUAUAGUAGGCCCUCACUCGUCAACCUGUGGCCCCAGGCAUGCAUGUUGGGAGCACGGGAGCACGGGGGCGGACAGUGACACUGGCCAAGUAAGAACCCAUGGUAAAUUGGUUAUUGCUCUACCCCACCGCGAGAUUUGAUCCCUUGCUUCGCUAUCGCUCGUACGACCGACCCCUUGGUUCUGGGUUCCUCAUCGGGGACUCACAGGCCCCCUGUCCCUCUUGUGUGCACUCUCCAAGGCUCUUCUUUGUUGCUCAGUUACGUUGCCAAUGUACAGCUCAUAGACCGACUCGGCAAGGAGGCGACAUUGGCACACCACACGUGUGCUCUGGACGGAGUACAUCUGUUGCACUGCAUAAUAUUAUAUCUCAGUCUCCAACGAUCCAUUGCAACACAAUCCCAUCUACUCUGCUCCAGAUCCUCACAUCAGGUUCGUUUGCUUGCAUUCGCCGAGCACAAUAAGUAGUCAGCGCCCACCUAGUUUGACAGUGUGCUUGAGGGGCAUCGCGCCCACUCGCCAACGUCACGAUGAACGAGUACGUCUUCGCUGCCAACAACUAUGUGCUGAUGAGCACGCCCAGCCCGCCUCUGGUGGUUGCGCAUCGACCUCAGCGCAGCCCUAUUCUGCCUUCUCCGGUUCUCACGCCACCUUCGACUCUCUCCCCUCAGUCUACUCAAUCGCCAUCCGCGCAAACACCCCCCAGUGAACCUGCCGCCGUCCGUAACCAUGAUGUCGAACCAGUCAGGCCUACUCCGACUCAAAUGCAGUCGGUCUUCUCUUCCCAGACAGGCGAAGCGUACCGCUCGCAGCAACAUACAGCCCAAGUAUGGGAAUCACACAAGGCAGAGAUUCGCAGAUUAUAUCUAGAUGAGAAUCGACCACUGAAGGAGGUCAUGGCCAUCAUGCGCCAAAGGGGAUUCAGGGCUACUGUAAGGAUGUACAAAUCGCGAUUCGACAAGUGGGGCUUCAGCAAGAACAACAGCAAGCGCGAAGUUGUAACGAUGCUCCAAGUCCAACGCCAACGAAAUGCCCUCGGCAAGCGGACAACCUUCCAGCGAAAUGGUCGCGAGAUCGCCAUUGAUGCUUACCUCAAGCGUAAAGGGAUCUCGCAGUACGAUCUGGCAGAACCGGGAAUAGCCGACAGCCUACCAGAGCAUCUUCGGUGUGUUACGCCGCCGCCCGAGACACCCUUGGUCAUCCAAGCAGGCGGCGCGCUUUCGCUGCAAGAGCUAGUGCUUCAAACUGCCAGAGACCUAGCUUGGAACCCGUACUGCCCUUCCGAUUUCCCCCUUGUGACGUCUUCUGCAGUCUAUCGUGGUGACGCGCUUCGGUGCGCCAUUACAGAUAUAACAAAUGCAGAUUGGCUUUUCCACGUCGGGCACUACGAUAAGGGCGGCGUAAUGUGCGAGCAGGGCUUCAAGUGGUUGCAUUUGAUGGUCACUAAACCAUCCAUCUACGGAUUACUCCACUUGCUGUUGUUCCAUCUCGAUGCUUACAAUAAGGGCAUAAUUAAGGAAGUGUGGAGAUACCUCGCCGCGUAUUCCGCAACCAUCAAGGCCGAUGGCCCACUUGCACGGCUUUUUCAGGGGAUAUCUAAAUUCAUCAAUACUCAUGAUUUCGAUGAAUACUGGAAUCUUAUAUUUGAAUGUACAGAAAGGCUCCUGCUUAUCGACGAGCAGAGUUCAGGUCUUCCGGAAGGCACGAUAGCACGGCUUUACCCAGUGAUAUUUAUUCCGCGAGCAUAUCAAUACAAAGAUGGGCCUUAUCGCCGCCUUCAGAAUCGAUGCGACUGGAAUCGAUUGACACAGGGUACGAAACCACGAGUCGCUGAAGAGAUGGCCAUCUAUGAAGCUAGCGAACUUCUGAUACUGGGCACGCAAAGGAACUGGCAAGGUGAAAGGGUUCUCGAGCUUGCAGAUUCUCUACUGGAAAAGACCAAGAAAUUUGCAUACAAUGUCGACUUUUUCAUCUUCAUUGCCAUGAACGCGCUUGCGCAUCAUUACCGCGCAGACUUCAAACCAGGGGAUCCGAUGGAUAGCCCCAAACACCUUCUCUCCGUACAUUACAUGGAGAAAGUAUGCAAGUUGUCGGAAGGCAGAUGGGACGCCGACCUAGGAUACUUCAUGGGUGAUUUCGAAAAACUGGAAACCUGGUACCGUGAGGCAGGUGACACGCUGAAAGCUGACGAGACACACACGAGAUGGAGGAAUUCGCUUGAACUCAUUCCAAAACAGUGGGAAAGAGUGCAUGAAAUCCCGCCGCAUUGAACUACCGAGCGUUGGUUAUAUUUUACACUUUUAGGUUCUCAGAGCAAGUCACUGGCGUCAAAAUACCUCUACAAACCGUUUACUUUUCCACCAAAUUCCGAUUAUUCGAUGAGAAAUAUACAACUGCUCGCGUCACUGGUUUGAUAGUGUCGCUUGCUUCAUGAAACAUCAUCCUGAUGCAGGAUACAGACUUGAGCUCGACCCCAGCUCUCACCAAUGAUUUCAUGAAGCUGUACAGUUAGUUGUGGCUCAAAAGUUGUAUUUCUCAGAAUCAACUGUCGCUGGCAAGCAGACAUGGGGAAGACGGAGGUCCGUACAUUCUACCUGUAGGAAUGCCAGAGAAGCGACGCCACAGGAAACUAGAUAGUUGAGAACCGCAUUACGACGGCAUGAGCCUUUCAAGCUCAGCUCUCAUUGACUACAUUUCUCUAUCUUGGGUAUGAUCAUCCAGGCUUCACCUGGGCUGCCUACCUGUAAGACGAACCGCAGGUUAAUCAUGCAGGACGCACUCAAGUGUGGAUCAGAGU